AUUCUGAUGAAGACUGGAUCUCUUAAACCACCUAACUCAUCGUUGCACCAAACUUUUUCAUUCAUACUUUAAGAAAUCUCAACAUUUCACAGUUGUUUAUAUGCACAACCUUCACCAAUUGUUUCCUGCAUCUUCCAUCUCAACACAAUGGAUUCAAAUUCAAUCAUUUGGUCUCUUCUUUUAGCUUCUGCACUUAUCUCUCCCAAUAGUGUCAGUGCACAAGGACCUGCCGCAUCACCGACAACCUCCACAACUACUCUGCCUCCAACAACCGCUGCUGUUCCUCCAACCACAGCUGCUACGCCUCCAACAAUCACUGCUCCACCUCCAACCACCACUGCUCCGCCUCCAACUACUACUACUCCACCCGUUUCAGCUACUAAGCCACCAGCAUCUCCGGUGCCAGCAGUUACUCCAAUUUCAUCACCGGCUCCAAAAGUUGCACCAGUAAGCAGCCCCAUAACCCCGCCUCCACAACCACCCCAAAGCCCACCCGUUUCAGCCCCAUCUGUCUCACCACCCCCAGUAUCACCACCUCCCGUUCCAGCUUCUCCCCCACCCGCACCAGCUUCACCACCUCCUGCACCAGCAUCUCCACCUCCCGCACCAGCUUCUCCACCUCCCACACCAGCUUCUUCACCUCCAGCACAAGCGCCUACACCAAUAAGUUUACCACCAGCUCCAGCACCGGCUCCUGCAAAGCACAAGAAAAAGCACAAACACAAAAGGCAUCACCAUGCCCCAGCUCCAGCACCAACUCCCCCGAGUCCUCCAUCUCCUCCAGUCCUAACAGAUUCCCAGGACACAGCUCCAGCACCAUCACCAGACACGAAUGGAGGAAAUGCCUUGAAUCAGCUGGAAGGAAGAGUAGGAAUGUUGGUCAAUACCGCACUGGGAAUUCUCUUUCUGCUGGCUAUAACAGCCUAAAAUUUCUAUCACAAAUUUAUUGACCCGAACAGCUACAUUUUUCCCCAUGUAUACCGACACAUUGAUUCAAAAAUAAUACAUUCUUUUACAUU